AUGAUCACUGAUAGUAAAGAGUUUUCAACUUUCCUUGAAAAUUUAAAAGGCAAAAGUUCAGCAGAAAUAGGCCUCUUUAUAGGCUACACCAAUUUAGAAAAAUCAUACAUUUAUAUGCAAGCAAAUGCUCCUACCAUAGAAAUCUCACACAAAUAAAAUGGCGACGACACUGACCCAUCCUCUCCCGGAACUGAGGCGAGAUUGGGGACCUUGCUGCGGCCUGAAGCCAAUCCGCCCAGGGAAAGGUCUGGAAUGGGUACUGGCGGCUAGGUUUCCCUCCCAGCCCAGCAACGACGAUCCUAGGUCGUCACGAUAGGACACGGGGCAAAAAAGGUUUUUCCUCUAGGAACUGCUAGUGCCAAUUUGGAGGCAUGGCAGGAGCCGACAAGAGCUAAGGAGUUAAUCCUUAGCUCUAAACCUAGUCUGGCGACGUGAAGCACGGUGACCCAGUCCGCCUACUUCCGGGAUAGCAUGACCAAGCCCCAUGACCGGAAGGAGCUGAGUGGUAGCCUGUGACACUUAGGUGCACACUGGGAGCAGGGCAAGGAAAGCAAGCGAGGCGUCCAAAAGGCGGAAGAAAAGGAUCUUCGGUCCUGGCCGGGAGCUACUUUAUAAAUUUAACUAAGACUAAGACCAUAGAAAUCUCAUCCCAUAAGAAUAUCUCCCCACUGUUGUCAUGCCCACUGACAGUGCCAGAAACGACAUAUGCAGACUGAAUAUUAGAAUAUGCCAAGCAGCUUUCAAGGGUUCUGCCUGGAGGGCUUGAGAUUUUGGGUAUUUUCCUGGUAUCUGAAGAUGACAUCAGCUUAGAGAGUUUCCUUGGAUUUCCUGAAGGCUUGUUAAACCUAUUGGUUGACCUUAAUUCUGAAGUCUUAGAAAAGGACAGCUUGAUUGUUUUUCACUUCGCAAUCCAAAGCCAAAAAACCACUGCAAAGAUAAUCGACUUGAAAAAUAAAAUUAUCAGCUCACCUGAACUAAAGCUAGCAACAGUCCCAAAGCUUGAAGAAGUCAGAUGCUUUAUAAAAACGUCCUUAGAAGCAGCUGAAGAAGAAAAUUCUCAUAUCAUUAUCCAGCAAAUUAUAAGAGAAUGAGGCAACCAAUUGAAAAAUAAUGUUUUUUCAAUAGAUGGCCAAACUAAAGCAGAUAUUGCUAUAGGAAGUUUAAAAACAGUAAAAAAUAUAUAGGAAAAAAAUUACCAUGUAGCUGAAAUCUACUCAUCGGCCCCAGGAUUUUGUACAAAUUCUAAUGCUCCUAGAAUUAGGGUCCAGGGUUAUAUAGAAAGCAGGGUACUAGUUCAUCCUAAAAGCACGAUAAAAGAAGCUAGAGAAGUUGUCAUUAAGGAUUUAUUAUUUUCAUUGAAAAAUAGGUUUGAAAUAAUUUCUGAAGAAAUACCAUUACAAGAAAAUCCAUUUUUAAAUACUCCAGUGAAGUUUGUAAGCCAGCUGCCUAGAAGAGCAUUUUUUAAUUUAAAUAACGGCUGCAUUCUGAGUAGCUAUGGCACAACUUCACAAGAUAAAGAUUUUAUUCAAGCUUAUGCGACUGCAAUUUCAUCAGCAAAAUUAAGCUAUACAGAAUCAAGGGAAUUUCACUUAAAAGUUGACUCGCCGCUGGAGAUAGAGAAGGCGGAAGAAAAAAAAGACCAAAUAGAAAAUAUGAGAUUUAUGAUCAUUUUAGCCGUUAUUUUUGCAGUGCUGUUGGUAUCGUUCUUAAUAAAAGCAUAUAGAUAA